GUGCGUCCUGAGGAACAAAGGAAAAGAGAACAAAGUUUGGUGUAGUCGUUAAAUCUAUUUAUACAACAGCACACGUAGACUUUUCAGUCUUUCAUGUGGAUACAGUGGAUGCUUUUGGGCGAAGAGCAAAUGAAUAUUCACGCGAGGUCUUCACUAUAGUUUUGGACUGUGAUUUAUACUGUCACUUAAUCGCUUUAAAAUGUUUAACAACUUGUUUAAGAGGCUUCUUUUCUAACAUCGGUGUGAUGCUCGAUUCAAAACCAGUUUUUUUGCUCACUCACCACUAGACAAUUAUCAAAUUUACACGUAAGAAACCUAAUAAUAUAGACUUUGAAGAGGACACACUAAGUAAACAUGGCAGAUGAAGGCCGAAUAACAAUUCUCAACAUUGGACUGUUUACCAUGUUGGUCGUUCUUGGUCCAGUGGCUGCUGCUCAAAUCGAGCGGAGGGAGUGCGCUUACACAAAAAAUCAAGAGGCCCAGACAGAGCCAUUUGGAGAUAAAUAUGGAGACCUGGAGAAAGAAUCCGAAGGAGGGACUAUCUUUCAUGAGAACGCUACGAUCCGCUGUAAUCACCAAUGCUUUGGACUCUGGAAGGAAGAAAAUAAUGAAUUCCAAAUAGUGAUGCAGGCUUGCUGGUCAGGAAGUGACAACCCCCCAGUGUGCGACAGCCGCUGCGUGGUGACUAACCAGCCACAAGUGGUCAACAAUAAAACCUUUCGCUUCUGCUGUUGUAACAAAGAUAUGUGCAACAUGAACUUCACCGAUGACUUCCCGACACUCACCACCGCACAGCCUUCAUAUUCUCGCCGGCAGGUUGCAAUAGUUGUCCCCUUAGCAACCGUCUUCAUGUUUACCGUGCUUGUUGUUCUGCUUUUCUUCUACAUCUUGAGAAGGCCCGGUAAACACACUCUGCACAGUCUGGAUGUGCUGGAGUCUGUGUUUUCCUCCCCAUCUUUAGAUCCUUUAGAUCUGGACAACCUUAAAUUUAUGGAGCUGAUUGGCAGAGGUCGGUACGGCUCAGUGUAUCGCGUUUUGCUGGAUGAAAAAUCGGUGGCGGUGAAAGUUUUCAUCGCAGCUAACCGCCAGCAGUUUACCAACGAGAGGAUGAUUUAUCACCAACUACUGAAGCACGAAAACGUAGCACGCUUCCUAGACAGCAAGGAACGCGUCAGCACAGAAGGGAGGAGGGAGUAUCUUCUCCUGCUGGAGUUUUACCCUCACGGCUCUCUCUGCACGUAUCUCAACGGGUGUACCGUGGACUGGCUGAGCUGCUGUCGAUUGGCGCUUUCAGUCACCCGAGGCCUGGCGUACCUGCACACAGAGAUAAGAAAAGGAGAAGUUUAUAAACCCGCCGUGUCCCACCGGGAUCUUAACAGUAGGAAUGUGCUAGUGAAGGCAGAUGGUUCAUGUGUGAUCAGUGAUUUCGGACUGGCCAUGAUUCUGACGGAAAAGAGACCGCCCGCUCAGGGAGACGUGGACAAUUGCUCCAUCAGUGAGGCUGGUACGGUGCGCUACAUGGCCCCAGAAGUGCUGGAAGGCUCUGUCAAUCUGAGAGAUUGCGAGACUGCAUUGAAACAGGUGGACGUUUACACGCUGGGUCUGCUCUACUGGGAGACUUUUAUGCGCUGCUCUGACCUCUUCCCAGGUGAGACUGUGCCAGCGUUUCAGAUGGCAUUUCAGGCAGAAGCGGGAAACCACCCGACCAUAGAGGACAUGCAGGCGCUUGUGUCAAGAGAAAAAGAAAGACCCAAAUUUCCAGAAGCCUGGAAAGAGAAUAGCUUGACUGUCCGCUUACUGAAAGAGACGAUGGAGGACUGCUGGGAUCAGGAUGCCGAAGCACGACUCACAGCUCAAUGCGCGGAGCAGAGACUCUCCGAGCUGCUUUCUAUUUGGGAACGAGAGAAAUCGGCCAGCCCUGCUCUCAACCCAAACACUGCGCUAUAUAAUCAUAGAAACAUCUCUACUGGACAGCAGACACCCGUGGGUUCCCACGCUGAAUAUUCAUCCACACGCCCUGAAGACCAUGACACCUUUGCCGACCCACCCUUAGUUGGAGGGUCUAUUCCGGCAGAGAAGAACAGGAACUGCAUCAACUACGAAUGGCAGCAGGCCCAAUUAAGGCAUGCCGGAACGGAAACCUCCUCCGCCACUCCUGUUGCAGAGUCCUUCAAUGCCAGUUAUCCUCCACCAGGGGGCAGCAUUGGUCCUCCCUGCAUUCAGCUGACCCAGGAAGACCUAGAGAUUCCCAAGCUGGACCCAAGCGAAGUCCAGAAGAACCUGCGGGAAAGCUCUGAUGAGAGCCUGAUGGAACAUUCCCAGAAACAGUUCUGCUCUCCGGAAACGUUGACCUCACACAGCACGUUCUACCCCCUCAUGAACAUGGCUUCUGAAGUUUCAGGGUCGCAGGGUUCCAGCCGCAAUGCCGACGGCCCUGAAACCAUCUUACCCAAGCAGCAAAACGUCCCUAAGAGACCAAGUAGCCUGAUCCUCCACUCGAAAACAUCUUCGCUGCGGAUGAAGUUUGGAAAACUUGGCAAAUGCAAUUUGAAGAAAGUCGAGAUGGGCGUGGCCAAAGCCUGUGCGGUGAACCCGGCCAAUGAGGCGCAGCCGAUCCCGGUUGCCAACAAUGAUUCUGCAGCAAGGCCGAACAAAAUUGUGUCCGGUUCGGCACCCGAGUCAACGUGUGAGGUGAGUUCAGAUGACCUGACCUUCAGCCUCCUGACCACUAGCCCCGACGAACAAGAGCCUCUUCUGAGAAGAGAGGCGUGUCCCGACAACGCAAAUAAUAAUAACAGCAAUAACAACAAUGGAGAGGGGGAUGGAGAUGCUGAGGAUGAAGGGGAAGGAGGGGAGAGCAACGAGAAUGUUGGUUCCACAGGUGUAGCUUCAUCCGCAUCUAACACGGAGGCUGUUGCACCAACUGAUACCUGUCCUGCUUCGCCCACGGUUCCCCCACAGGCCCAGAGCCAACCCAAGAUACACGGAGAGGCUCUGCUCAGACAGAACCGGGGGCGCAGACCCGAGAGGCCCAACUCGCUGGAUCUGUCCUUCACCACACUGCCUUUACUGGGAGGCAGAUCUGAUGUGACGGAGGGAUCGGCAGAUAAAAUCAAGAAGAGAGUGAAGACGCCUUACGCUCUCAAGAAGUGGCGUCCCAGCAGCUGGAUUAUCACCACGGAAACCCUGGAUGCUGAAGUGAACAACAACAGUCGUCAUGGAGGUCAGAAUCAGGCCGGUACCAGCAGACCCAAAUCAGCCUCAGAUGUGUAUUUAGGCGGUCGGGGAGGAUCCCACUUUUCCACAGAUCCCAAUGAUUGUGACUUUUGACCUCACUUUCAUUUCAUCAACAUUGAGGAUUUCUGAAGGCUGUGGAGAAGUAUUUGCCCAGUCUUAAAGUUAGUCCCAGUAAUAAGCACAGUAUGAGUCUUUGUGGCUUUAUAAUGAAAAGAGCUAUGCAGCCAUCAGUGUCAUGUUCGGUGAUCUUUUGAUGUGCAUUUGUUUGUUUUUUGUUAAUCACGUCUUUAUUUUUUUGGUGCACUUUUUCUGAAAGAAAAUUAUAAAUCAGAUCCAAGAUCAGAUGGUUCAUAUGAGACCCUGUCUGGGAAAACCCAGCUCAAGUCAUUUUUUUGUGAAUUACGGUUUUCUACAUAAAAUCAUUUUAAAAAAUGUUAAAAGCACUCCGCAAAAAUUUAACCUAUAUAUCUUUAUUAUUGAUUGAGGCAAUUAAAUCAAUGUUAAGAAAUCAUACUCUGUACAAAAUCAUAAAAUGUUUUGUAAAUCUAAUAAUUAAUUUCAGUAAUAUAAUUUCAGUAUUGUACAUGAAAAUGUAAUGACUGUAUAUCAAAUUCUAUCAUAUUUUUUGAUUUUAUGAGACCUUGGAUGUCCAAAUUCACAAUAUUUCAGGAAAUUGAAGAAAAAAACCCCACUGUGUUAAAUAAUGUGUUAUCAAAGUUGACAAGAACUUUUAAUCAUUUUUAUCGGUAAGAUAUUUGCAAAACCCAGUGACAAACAUAAAUAGUGGAUAAUAACAAUUAUCUAUGGCAAAAACUUUAAAUUACUGGUGUAAUUUAAAAAAUGUGGAGUAAACAAGAAACAAAUAUUACCCCUUUUCCUCAUUUUAUGACUAUGACUCAUAAAAACAUAUUUUUCAAAGACAGGGUCACAUAUGUAAAAAUGGUGACUACUUUAAUCUAAAUGUAAUAGAAAACUUCAUCGGAUUUCCAAAGUCAUUGAAAAACUGGAAAUAUCAGGGAAUUUUGAAAUUGUGAUUUCCGGGCCUGAAAAACAUCGAGUAGAUACAAUACAAUCUUUAAAAAGGAAAUUCCCCAGUGAUGCUCAUUUCAAAAUUAUUGAAUCUCCUAAAAUUUGCUCCAUGUUAGUACAAUCUUUAUAAAAUACAUUUAAAAUUGAUUGGAAGGUAAUGUUAAGGAUAUAAUGUUAAGAGAAGUGCAGUGUGGUAUAACAAAUCGGAAUACAUUUACUAUCAUCUUCCUAUGAGCUUUUACAUGUAUGAAACCUUAUUCACUGACGUUCCUGUGUGAUUCUGCGGGCACAGCAUCUAGUACUCAAAUGCUAUUGUGUGUGCGAUAAACCAUUUCAUAAAUACAGUAACAUAUUUCACUGUGGUGAAACAACAUAUCUCUCAGCAUCAAAUAAAAAAGAAUAAUAAGAAAUGGUUUAACUCUACAAAGACCACUGACAUAACCACAGACACUGAAGUCGCACUUUUCUGCUUUCUGUACAAUUACAAGUUUACUCAGAGACAAAAGACAAUGCUGCACUUGGUCUGGAACACUUGCUGUUCUGGAUCACCCUGUUAAUAUGUCUGUAUGACAUGCUUUGGACCUGCUUGUUAUUCACUUAUUUUCUAUGUUUCCGAAUGAUCUUGUGUUCCUCUGUCUUGUCUCAAGUUGUGUGAAAGGUUUUUGUGCUGCAUGUCUGUUAUGAUUUUAUGGGGAUUGUCAUGUGACCGUUUCAAUCAUUUGAUGAUAAAGCACAACACAAACGAGCUGCGUUUUACAAAGACAUAGCAGCUUUGGUCUGACAUCGAAAAUUCUUGUAUUUAUGAUCUGCUCUGACAUGUAAGUAAUAAUUAAAUGGACAUUGUCAUUUUAAUCCUAUAAGCAGUGUCCCGUAUUAUCCGCACGUGACUGCUGCAUGUCUCGCAUUCAUCUUGUAGAUCACAAGAUAUUUUCACCCGAGACCCUCUAAUGUGUGCGUGUAUAUGCAUUUGUAUGUAAGUGAGUGUUAUUGUGAUGUUACUCUUCUGUGAACCCAAUCAUUGUAAUCGUGUUGUGGUCAAUCAUUUUUUAUCCCUUUGCUGAGACAUUUUAAAAAUUGUGAUUUGUAUAACAAGCUGCAGAUUGUAUUGUUAUUUGCAAACUUGAAUUAAAUUAUGCUUUGCAUUUGCAUAAUUAAAAGAUUUGACUAUCAUCAA